AUGUUUUGCACAAAAAUCCAAACUUUCCCUACACAGAGAUCUCACACAGGAGAGAAGCCGUUUUCCUGUUCUGAGUGUGGGAAAUGUUUUGUGCAAAAAGUCAGCUUUACAUCACAUCAGAGGUCUCACACAGGGGAGAAGCCAUAUUCUUGUCCUGAGUGCGGGAAAUGUUUUUCAGGGAAGUCCCAUCUUUACAGACAUCAGAGAUCUCACACAGGGGAGAAGCCAUAUUCCUGUUCUGAGUGCGGGAAAUGUUUUUCAUGGAAGUCCCAUCUUUACAGACAUCAGAGACUGCACACAGGCGAGAAGCCGUAUUCCUGUCCUGAGUGCGGGAAAUGUUUUUCAGUGAAGUCCUCUCUUCGCAAACAUCAGAGAUUGCACAUGGGGGAGAAGCUGUAUUCCUGUUCUGAGUGCGGGAAAUGUUUUUCACAGAAGUCCGCUUUUUACACACAUCAGAGAUUGCACACAGUGGAAAAAUUAUAUCCCUGUCCUGAGUGUGGGAAAUGUUUUGAGCGCAAGGCUAAUCUUUACAGACAUCAGAGGUGUCACACGGGGGAGAAGCCGUAUUCCUGUCCUGAGUGCGGGAAAUGUUUUUCACAGAAGUCCCAUCUUUGCAAACAUCAGAGAUUACACACAAGGGAGAAGCCACAUUACUGUCCUGAGUGUGGGAAAUGUUUUUCAGAUAAGUCCAAUCUUUCCAACCAUCAGAGAUUGCAUACAGGUGAGAAGACCCUUUCCUGUCCUGAGUGCGGGAAAUGUUUUUUACAAAAAUCAGAACUUUUAACACAUAAAAGGUCUCACACGGGGGAGAAGCUUUAUUCCUGUCCUGAUUGCGGAAAAUGUUUCUCAAAGAAGUGCAAUCUUUCUGUACAUCAGAGAUCUCAUACGGGAGAAAAACCUUAUUCCUGUCCCGAGUGCGGAAAAUGUUUUUCAAAAAAGUCCAAUCUUUCUGUACAUCAAAGAUCUCAUACGGGAGAAAAACCAUAUUCCUGUCCUGAGUGUGGGAAAUGUUUUUCAGAUAAGUCACAUCUUUACAGACAUCAGAGAUCUCACACAGGUAAGAAGACACUUUCCUGUCCUGAGUGCGGGGAAUGUUUUUUACAAAAAUCAGAGCUUGCAAAACAUAAAAGGUUUCACACAGUAGAAAAGCUUUAUACCUGUUCUGAGUGUGGAAAAUGUUUUUCAAAGAAGUCCAAUCUUGCCACACAUCAGAGAUCUCACACAGGGGAGAAGCCAUUUUCCUGUCCUGAGUGUGGGAAAUGUUUUUCAAAGAAGUCCAAUCUUUCUGUACACCGGAGAUAUCACACGGGGGAAAAACCUUAUUCCUGUCCUGAGUGCGGGAAACGUUUUUCAGAUAAGUCACAUCUUUACAGACAUCAGAGAUUGCAUACAGGUGAGAAGCCACAUUCCUGUCCUGAGUGCGGGAAAUCUUUUUCACAGACAUCAAAUCUCUACAGACAUCAGCGAUCUCACAGAGGGGAGAAGCCGUAUUCCUGUUCUGAUUGCGGGAAAUGCUUUGCAAGUAAAUCACAUCUGAUCUCACAUCAAAGGUCUCACACGGGGGAGAAACCAUUUUCCUGUCCCGAGUGUGGGAAAUGUUUUACAGAGAAAGCACAUCUUUAUGAUCAUCAGAAAGGGCACACGGGUGAGAAGCCACAUUCCUGUCCUGAGUGUGGGAAGUGUUUUUUAAGGAAGUCUACUCUUUCUGUACAUCUCAGAUCUCACACGGGGGAGAAGAGGUUCUCCUGUACUGAGUGCGGAAAGUGUUUCCGGUUUAAAUCCCGUCUUACCGUACAUAAAAGAUCUCAUACGGGUGAGAAGCCGUAUUCUUGUCCUGAGUGUGGGAAAUGUUUUUCACAGAAGUCCAAUCUUUCUAUUCAUCAGAGGUCUCACACAGGGGAGAAGCCGUAUUUCUGUCCUGAGUGUGGUAAAUGCUUUGUAAAAAAAUCAAAACUCGUUAGACAUCAGAAGUCUCACACUGGUGAAAAACCGUAUUACUGUUCUGAUUGUGGGAAGUGUUUUUCAGAGAAGUCAAAUCUUUUAAUGCAUCAAAGGUCUCACACUGGGGAGAAACCUUUUUCUUGUUUUGAGUGUGGGAAAUGUUUUGUAACAAAAUCAGUUCUUAUAAAGCAUCGGAGAUUGCACACGGGGGAGAAGCCGUAUUCCUGUCCUGAGUGCGGGAAAUGUUUUUCACAGAAGUCCAAUCUUUACAGACAUAAAAGAUCUCACACAGGUGAGAAGCCACAUUCAUGUCCUGAGUGCGGGAAAUGUUUUUCACAGACAUCCAAUCUCUACAGACAUCAGAGAUCCCAUACAGGGGAGAAGCCGUAUUCCUGUCCUGAGUGUGGCAAAUGUUUUUUGCAUAAAUCACAUCUGACCUCACAUCAAAGGUCUCACACAGGUGAGAAGCCAUUUUCUUGCCUGGAGUGCGGGAAAUGUUUUUCAGAGAAGGCAAUUCUUUAUGAUCAUCAAAGAUUGCACACGGGUGAGAAGCCGUAUUCCUGUCCGGAGUGCGGGAAAUGUUUCAAAUUUAAAUCUGUUCUAAGAAAGCAUAAAAGGACUCACACAGGUGAGAAGCCACAUUCCUGCCCUGAGUGCGGGAAAUGUUUUUCAAACAAGUCCUAUCUUUCAAUACAUCAGAGAUUUCACACGGGGGAAAAACCAUAUUCCUGUCCUGAGUGCGGGAAAUGUUUUUCAGGUAAGUCACCUCUUUAUAGACAUCAGAGAUUGCACACGGGGGAUAAGCCGUAUUCCUGUCCUAAGUGUGGGAAAUGUUAUUCAAAGAAAUCAAACCUGGUGACACAUCAAAGAUCUCACACGGGCGAGAAGCCAUUUUCUUGUCCUCAUUGCGGAAAGUGUUUUUCAGAGAAGUCUUCUCUUUCAAUACAUCAGAGAUUGCAUACAGGAGAGAAGCCGUAUUCCUGUCCUGAGUGCGGGAAAUGCUUUGUAAAAAAAUCAAAACUUGUCAGACAUCAGAGAUCUCACACGGGGGAAAAACCAUAUUACUGUUCUGAGUGCAGGAGAUGUUUUUCACAGAAGUCCAAUCUUAUUAUACAUCAAAGAUCCCACACACUGGCGAGAAGCCUUUUUCUUGUUUUGAGUGCGGGAAAUGUUUUUGGAACAAAAUCAGUUCUUACCAAACAUCAAAGGUUUCAUACGGGGGAGAAGCCGUAUUCCUGUCCCGAGUGCGGGAAAUGUUUUUCACAGAACUCCAGUCUUUACAGACAUCAGAGAUCUCACACGGGGGAGAAGCCACUUUCCUGUCCUGAGUGA